UACCUAAAAGUGGACCUAAUAUCACACAGAUUAAUGCAAUCAGCUCCACUUCAAUCGCCGUUACAUGGGGAGAGGUACCUCCAGAGGAUACCAAUGGAAAUAUAACUCACUACUUUGUAUGUUAUAAACCUCAAACAUCUUCAAAUGAUAUCUGUUCUGUCACGAAAAGACUUAAUGAUGUUAACAACAGAAGCACAGUAUUAAAUGGUUUGAACGAGUUUACUACCUAUUCUGUCGCUAUUCAAGCUGCUACUUCAAAGGGAAAUGGGACACAUGGAGCAAUAACAAACGUAAUAACGCUCCAGGAUG